AACAGGCCUUGGUGGGUGGGAGCCCCCAUGCUGAUGUGGGCUGCGAGCCUACUCUUUUCCAGCUCCUUCGCAGAGCUGGCAGGGUCUGAGCCGCUCAAGGCCCUUGCCACGGUUACUCAGGAUUUGUCUUUUCUAGUCAACCACAACAACAGGCCACCUUACUGUCAGUAUCAGUAUGGCUGGUGGGGAACUGAAACUGACGUGACACUUACACAGCACUGACAUGACAUCUUUCAAACUGCAAGCUGGAGGGAGCAAAAUCAGGGGAUCUUUUGUGAGGAAAAAGCUUAGAACUCAACCCUGUUUUACAGGUGAGGAAACUGAGGCACAGAGCAGGAGAGAGGGGCUUGCUGAAGGCAGAUCUGGAGGCAUGAGCUGUCUCUCCUUCUGGUCCCCAGCCUUCCCUGCGGUGCUGCUGCCUCUCAACCCCUUUCUCCGGUUCCCAGCAGAUCCUCCCCGGACAGAAGAGACCCGUUAGGCCCUAUCAAGUGGGGGCUUACACGUGGGUUUCUGAUGCCCACCUUAGUGGGCGACCUCAAGCUAGGGCACGGUUAUUAGGGAUGGCUGUCCUGGCCACAGCAGAGAUUUCUUCAUACCACACAGGGAGCCCAGCAAGGACCCAGCGCCUCAUCCACAGUCCCCACCCCUUCUUCAGCUACCUAGUUAGACAGGCAGCUGAUAAGACAUCCCUGUCCAUCCAUUUGGGUCUCAAUCUCUUUGCAAGCCAUGUGACCCUGGGCAAGUCACUUCCCUCCAGGCCUCAGCUGCUCUCUAAAGUGGGGAGGGUUGUUAGCAAGGCAGCUCUGUGAACGUAAUGGGUGGAUCCAAUCAGGGGUGUGAUAAAGAGAGAAUCAGAAAAUCUGGAACCUGGGCCCCUGAAAGUGACGUUCCUUCCCUGAGCCUCUCCUGCACAAUGGGGAUGAUGCACCCUGCUGGCAAAGUAGGCUUGAGUACUCUGAGUCACUAGUUCCCCUCCUGGCCCGAGGGAUCUGGAAAAGUUCGGGAAAGGAUUAUAGAAACCCAGAAGGGUUAACCGUCACCACCAGGACUUCUAGCUUUACCAGCCCAUUCUCCCUCUGAUAGGAAAGAGGCAGGUAUGAGGAAGGAUGGAGGUUACUUAGGGGCCAAGAAAUUGGCCCUGAAAACACAGGGGAACAGAGUGACGGGAGGCUUGAAAACCGCAAUCCUUCGCUCCUGAAGGGCCCUGGUCCCAUCUGGGUUACCUGCUACCCACCUGGGUCCUGGGGACCUCAUCUGUGCCAGGCCUUACUAACCCUGGCACCUGUGUUUAAGAUUGAUACUAGGGGCACCACGUACCCCAAUCUGAUGGCUCAGAUGGCUUUAUUUUCCCUUAACUCUAUCCCAGCUCCUGUCCACAGCUCCAUUCCUGAAGGCCUCAUGGUCUCUCCAGGAGCAGUUGUGGCCACAUCAAGCCCUGGGCUAACGGGGUCACUGGACUUUCUCCAGUGGGCCAGAAAGCACCAAUGUUCCAGGUGUUGGGGAGACCGUGCUGUGGUACCACAUGCUGUGAGGCUACCAAGGGCUGGGUAACCUGCAGGGGGGUGUGGAAUCCUCCAUCCACCUCUGACACCGGGGUGAUGUUGAGGAGCGGGGGAGGUCUGUUACGUUGGCCAGUGUCCUAAAACUCUGGGUACUUUUUCAUCUGUGCGCCUUGAAAACUGGCAGAGGGCAGGAGCCCCCAGCAAUGGCCGAUGAAUAGUAGCAGUAUUUCUAGGGCUCUACCAAGAGUUACAGAGAAGGUUUAUGUGGCCUGCCCUGGAAGAGACUUCAUUUUAUAGGUGGGGGCACAGAGGCCUAUGGAUCUACUUAAGAAAGCAACAGAGCUCACAAGAAAGGAAACAAACUGAAAGUCUGUUUAGGUUUGCAGUAAGCAUUGGCUACUGGCAUGACCCUUACAGCCAGCAUUUGGUAAGACUGUCUAAGGAGAGGAAGGCCCCCGAAAUUAACAGAGGAUAUUUUGCUCGCGUCCAUGGCGUCAGUCAGCUUGUAAAGGCAUUUCUACAGAAGACAGAAUGUCACUGUCAGAUUCUAAAUCUUGGGGCUGGGAUGAAUACCAUCUUCUGGAGACUAAAGGAUGAAGAUCUUCUCCCAAGUAAAUAUUUUGAAGUGGACUUUCCCAUGAUAGUCACGAGAAAGCUGCACAGCAUCAAACACAAGCCUUUCUUAUUACAACCCAUUAUAGAAUUACAUUCAGAGGACACACUGCAAAUUGAUGGACACCUGUUGGAUUCAAAGAGCUAUGCCAUUAUUGGAGCAGAUCUCCGAGAUUCACCUGAACUCGAAGAGAAGCUAAAGAAAUGGAACAUGAAUCCACAAUUGCCAACACUGCUGAUAACGGAACGCGUGCUGGUUUAUAUGACUCCGGAGCAGUCGGCCAACCUUCUCAAGUGGGCAGCUAACAGUUUUGAGACAGCUAUGUUCAUAAACUACGAACAGGUGAACAUGGACGACCGGUUCGGACAGAUCGCGAUCGAAAACCUGCGGAGGCGACAGUGUGACCUGGCGGGAGUGGAGACCCGCAAGCCGUUAAGAGUCACAGGUCGGAGAGCAGGGCGGGGACAUCCUUUGGUACCCUUAACCCGCCAGGGAAGGGCACACUCCCUUCUCAGAUCAGAGAAUGUGAGAAGCCCUGUCGAGUGCCCACCUGAACAGGCAGCUGGGGUUCCACGUGGCCCACUGGUUCGUCACACUAAAGAAGUCCAAGACCUGGGCCGCCAUCUUGGUUUGGAAAAUACACAUUCACAUUUCCCAUAUCCUAUUAUUCCAGUUUUUCAGUAUGCAUAUUUUCAAACAACAUGAAAGUAGAGGGAACGGUAGGACGAAAACCCAUGUCCCGUCAGCCAACUUUGGUGAUUCACAUUUUUCAAUAUUGUUUUAUUUAUCCCCAUUUUUCGUCGGUGUUGUCACUGGAAUAUUUUAAGGCACAUCCAGAGAGUAUAGCAUUACCCCCAUAAAUACUUCCAUGUGAAUCUCCUACCAGUAAGCAUUUUCUUCCCCCACCCCGGGAUAAUGGUAACAUCCUUACUGUACCUCACACAUCAGCCGAAACUCCUCCAUAGCACCUACUCCACAGUCCGUGUUUGGAUUUCCCCAGUUGUUUAAAAAAAAAAAAACAACAGAAAAAAAUUCUAUAGGUGGUGUGUUUGAAACAGGAUCCAAACACGGUCCAAACUUUGUACUUGACACGUCCCUUACAUUUCUUAGAAUGUGUAAUAGAGACUUUAAGUCUCUUUUAUUUAUUGUUUUUUAGUUUGUUU